GACUAUUACAUAUAUUUGUGGAAUGCAUUUACCAUCCAAGCGGUCUGAGUAUACAAAAAACUAUUAAAAAUGACUAUUUGUUGUCGAAUUUGUUUUGCAGAAAAUUCUAACAGCUUUUCUCUUUACAAAUGUAUGAAGAAAAAAUAUUUGCCUAGUGUUAUUUUUAACAUCAGUGGAGUAAAAGUUUCAAAAAAGCUCGAACCAGAGGCACACAUUUGUCGCCGCUGCGCUGCCUCGAUAUUAGUUGCUGAAAACAUUAUAUUGCGGUGCCAGGAAUCAGAAGAAUGUCUCCAGUUUCGCCGUUUAAAAGAAGGAUGUUUACCAAGACAAUCGCCAGAAGAGUGUUUAAAUGUAAAAGACUAUGAAGAAUAUCAACUUGUUUCCAAUUGUAAUGAAUUGGAAGAAUCGUUACCAUUGGGUCGAGAUGAUGGACAUAUGUUGCAAUGUGACAAACAACUUCAUAUUACAAAAGAAGAAAAAGUGAGCACUUUGAAACGGAUUGGAGACAACGAGGGUCAGAAUACAGAUAAUGACGAGCCAGCAAUAAAACGCUUUAAGAGUAAAGAAGUUGUUCCAUCAGUGGCAAUUUUUUAUUGCGAUCAAUGUGAUUAUAGCACCAAGAUAGGCAAACGUAUUAUAGAACAUAAACAAACUGAACAUGGGAUUUAUGAUCCAAAUAUAUAUACCUGUACUAUUUGUUCUGAACGCUUUUCUUGGAAGCCAACACUUUAUCGGCAUAUAGAGAUAGACCACAAAAUAUUACCUGCCGAUAAAAAAUAUUUAUGUAAUGAAUGCGGUCGUGCUUAUAUGCGGGAAGUUCACUUGUUAGAACAUAUAAAGCAGCGGCAUGGACCUCGUAAUUUCAAAUGCCCCGAUCCACUAUGUGAGCAAUCAUUUACUCGAACUUUCACCCUGAGACGUCAUUUCAUCACUACACAUACAGAACAAACAAGCGCACGGUACCAUUGCGUAGAUUGUAAUAAGUACUUUAAAGUUUAUGAUCAAUGGAAAUACCAUAAUGAAGUUAUUCACAAAAAUGAAACCGUAUAUUGCCCGCAUUGUGGUUAUCCUUUUCGCUUCAAAGAAAAGCUGGACGAACAUAUUUUGAAAGAUAUUUGCAAACGUAGUGUUGUGCCGUGUUCAUAUUGUCAAAGGCGCUUUACCACAAAAUCUGGACUGAGAGAGCACGUACGGAAUAUACACAACAUCUAUUAGUUAAGUAUUUAUAUAUUGCGGUAACUAUUUAUUGCCGACUAUUCACUGCUUAGAUUACGACGAUAUAUGUCGUAAUUCCUCUGAUUUACGUUAAAUCAUAUAAGUAGCGCUCAAUAAUUUGAAUUUACAUACCUAUGUAUGUAUGUAUAUCCUCGUACCACAAGUGAAUGAGUUGCCACAUGAGAAUGAUUUGAAACGCAAGAAUAUUUAUCCAUGCGAGGAAAAGUUCUUUCGAUCUGGGAACAAUUUGACAUAUUUACGAAAGGUGUAAACAAAACAAGAACGAAGAAUAACCGUAAAGAGAAAAACAUUCAAAAUAAAUAUUUAGCCAUGGUAAUAUAACAACAAAUUUUUCUGUACAAGAAUAAUGUUAAAGCCAAAAAGUGAGACCAACCUCUAUUAAAUGCCUAUAAAUAAAUAAUGCUUUCUAAAGAGUUAGUGCGAAUAGAAGAGAACUACCGAUAAUGCACUAAAUCAAUGGAGCGGGCGAGAUAACAGGAAAAUAUAUAACUACAUAGAUAUAACCAUGCUACAUAUGCUCUUAUACAAUCAACAAAUCGAAUAAGCCAUAAGCCAAAUGUUAAUGUUCUUUAAUUAAAUUAUGAAAAGAAUGACGUAGCUGAGUUCUCGAUGAGCGUUUAUUAUUUAUACAGCUAGACUGGAGGCGAUAACUUUUUAUUGCAGAAUUUGUGAAAAGAAUGAAAGGCGGACCUCAAAAAACACUAUUGGAUUUUGGCAAUUGAGAAUGCUAGUUCGCGGCUUUUUUACAUGUAAAUUGCGUCUAAAAGUGAAUUAUUUGGUAAGAUUAACAAAGAGAAAGUACUUUAAUUUUAAUCAGUUUUAAAGAUCAAUUGGAGCUUAACGGAGAAAACCCGCAGGUGUAAUGUGCCGAACAAAUAUAAGAAAACAGAAUUUUUGAAAGCUUGACCGUUUUUAUAUAAUUAUAUAUA